AUGCACAAGGAUUGUGAAGAGCACAUGAAGUAUCUGUAUGCAGUUGCAGUGGAGGCGAUCAAUCUCGAGGAUUUACAUCGUAGAAAAAUAAAGAAGAUGAGGACGAUGUCUAACAAGUAUCAGAUUCGACUUGCAAAGCAAAUAAAAAGAACAAUGUGCAUGAAGUGCAACACAGUCAUGAUUCCAGGAGUCAACAGUGUGUCAAGGAUACUCAGACGUGAGAACGGACUGUGUCUUGCGACAAAAUGCAGAUGUGGGAUAGAAAAGGUGAUUGUGAUGAGAGGAAGGUAG